AUCUUUGUCUCAUCCCCCUCAUCUCCCUCACUCCACCCUCACUAUCAUAUUACUCUCGCAUUCUCCCUCUCUAUCUCUCUCAGUUCUUUGGAUUCUAAUUAUCUGUACACUUCUGACCCCCUCGACACGAUGUCCCAAUCAGCCCACACCAACCAACUCACCAUCAUCUGUCUCAUCGAUGGAUGGGUGGCCUCGGACUCAUUCUCUGUGAAGAUUUGUUUGGGCGACAGCGCCGACCACCUCAAGAACGUCAUCAAGACAACGGUGUCACCCAAGUUUGACAGCUACUCCGCUGUCGAUCUCAGGCUCUGGGCCGUGUCGGUUCCAAAUGAUCCAGCCAAGGAUAAUAUCAUUUCAGUGGACAGUCUGAAUUCCGAGGCAAUAGAGCUCCGAUCGACAACCGAUCUGUCCGAGGUCUUCAAGGGCGAGGUACCAAAGAAAACAAUCCAUAUCCUUAUCCAAGAGCCACGGCUAGCUGUGGAUCUCUUCUGGGACGUCCUACUGAGGGUUGUACUCAGAACGAUGCCUCAUAAAGGGUUUAUCUGGGCUGUAGACGCCAAUACUGCAACGUUAUCAGCACUACUCGGGGCUAUCUACAAGACACAUCCAGAAUUGAAGACGACCUCGGAAUCUACCAUCGCUAUACAUCACCCCAAGACAGCGGGCUCUCCUAACUCAAGUGUGGAGUAUCCGACCAGCGACAAUGGACUUCAGACAAUCUUGCGCAUCAACCUUCGUUCGGGAAUUCAACAUCUGGUGGUGGACUUGGAGACGCGAUCAAGGGAAUAUUCCGACAUAACGAGAAUGGACGUCUGAACCUGUUUGGUACUUCCUAUUUUCCACGACUCGAUCAUAUUGGCAGCGUGCCAUUCAAUACCAAGAAGCAGGACCUCGCUCUUGAACAACUCUAUGC